AAUUUAAGAGAGCAUCUUGCUUGCGCGCAGCGCAGAGUGCGCCCUCUUGGAAAGCUUAUGGCCGGGUGCUAAGGCUGCUAACCAACACCCCGGGAUACUUUCGCACCAGCGCACAAGUGAAUAAUAUUAAAUCACUGUAUCUAUAGUUACUGCAUAUGGCCAACAUUAAGGGCCAGAGAAUCUGCGUCGUCGGUUCGGGCAUAAGCGGAUUGAGCGCAGCAUGGCUCCUUCACAGGAACGGGGCCAGCGUCACGCUGAUGGAAAAGGAAGAACAUUGCGGUGGCCACACACUUACCGAUCACACGUCUCCUUACCCGGUGGAUUUGGGAUUCCAGGUUUACAACCUUACCACCUACCCUCACUUUGUGGGUUUUCUGGAGUGUCUGGGCGUCGAUAGUGUUAUGUCAGACAUGAGCUUCUCGCUCUCCAUGGACGCCGGCAAGUUGGAGUGGGGCAGCGACAACCUGGAUACUAUUUUCGCCCAACGUCGGAAUAUCGCAAGUCCGUCCUUCCUCGCUAUGAUAAAGGAUGUAAUCCGCUUUGGCAGGGAGGCUCCGAAGGUGCUCGAACCCGCCGUGUCCCACAUCUACAGCGACAUGACGCUGGCCGAGUACCUGGCCAAGCACGGUUACAGCGCCGCCUUCACGGACAACUACGUGGUGCCCAUGUGCGCGGCGGUGUGGUCCGUGCCCACAGCGCAGGUCCUGGAGUUCCCGGUGCGCAUGCUGGUGCGCUUCUGGGUCAACCACCACCUGCUGGACCUCUUCCAGCGGCCGCUGUGGCGGGUGGUGAAGGGGCGCAGCGAGGCCUACGUGAAGCGCGUCUGCCAGGAGCUUCCCGACGUGCGCACCCGCACUCCCGUGCUGCGGGUGGCCCGCGGUCGCAGCCCCGAGGAGGGCGUCACGGUGGAGACGGCGGCAGGCGGGGCGGAGCGCUUCGACUCGGUGGUGUUUGCGACGCACAGCGACGUGACGCUGCAGCUGCUGGGGGGCGAUGCGGACCCGGAGGAGCGGGAGCUGCUGGCCGCCAUCCCCUACAGCGAGAACGACGUCUACCUGCACACGGACGCCAGCCUGAUGCCCCGCAACCGCAAGGUGUGGUCCUCUUGGAACUUCCUGGGGCGCAGCGGUGCUGGCGCCGACACGGAGGCCGUGUGCGUCACCUACUGGGUCAACCGACUGCAGGAGCAGCCGCCCGGAGCGCCCAACCUGUUUGUCACGCUCAACCCGCUGCACCCGCCGGCGCCCGAGCACGUGAUCCGGCGCCUGCCGCUGGCACACCCGGUGUUCAGUGCGGCAUCCGAGGCGGCCCAGGGCAAGCUGCCCUCGCUGCAGGGCCAUCGCAACACCUACUACGCGGGCGCCUGGGCGGGCUACGGGUUCCACGAGGACGGCAUCCGCUCCGCUGUGGCAGUGGUGCAGGCCAUGGGGGGCAGCCUGCCUUGGGUGCCCAGGGCCACCAGCCCCAAGGUCUCCCUCUCGCAGCAGCUCUACCUCGGCCUGUUCGACAAGUACGCCCGGUCGGCGUUCACGCAGGGCCGCCUGCGGCUGAUCCUGCCCACCGGAUCCGAGCUGGCGUACGGCAGUGGGGACGACACCGCAGCCGCACCCACACCCAAGGGCGAGGAGUGGCGCGGCCGGCCGCCCCUGCGCGCCACCGUGCGGGUGCUGCACAUGGACUUUUUCCGCAAGAUCGUGCUGCGACAUGACGUGGGCCUGGGGGAGGCAUACAUGGCAGGCGACUUCGAGGCUGACAGCCUGGGCGCGCUGAUGGCGGUGCUGCUGGCCAACGCGGUGGCGGCGGAGAGCGAGCGGGGCCACAUGGGGCUGCUCAACUGGCUGGGAGAGCGACUGCUGUUCCUGGCGCACCUGCGCAGACCCAACACCAUACAGGGCAGCCGCAAGAACAUCGAGGAGCACUACGACGCCGGCAACGCCAUGUACAAGCUCUUCCUGGACGCCACCCUCACCUACAGCUCGGGCCUCUACCGCAGCCCCACCGACUCGCUGCAGCAGGCGCAGCUCAACAAGAUUGACGCGCUGGUGGCAAAGGCGCGAAUCGGGCGGGAGGAUCAUGUGCUGGAGAUUGGGUGCGGCUGGGGCGGUUUCGCCAUCCGUGCGGUGCAGGCCACGGGGUGCAGGUGGACGGGCAUCACCAUCAGCAAGGAGCAGCUGGCGGAGGCGACGGAGCGGGUGGCGGCGGCGGGGCUGCAGGACCGCAUCACGCUGCUCUUCUGCGACUACCGGGACACGGUGGCGGCGCUGGGGCCGGGCAGCUUUGACGCGGUGGUGAGCGUGGAGAUGAUCGAGGCGGUGGGGCACGAGCACCUGCGGCCCUACUUUGCCGUCAUCGGCACCAUGCUCAAGCCGGGCGGCCGCGCGGUGCUGCAGGCCAUCUGCUCUGCGGACGAGAGGUAUGAGGCCUACUGCCACACCUCCGACUUCAUCCGAGAGCACAUCUUCCCCGGCGGCCACCUGCCCUCCCUGGGCGCCAUCGCCGACUGCUGCCGGGGAACCGGCCUGUCGCUGCGGGACACCCAUGACAUCGGGCCCGACUACGCCAUCACGCUGCGUUCCUGGCGGGACGCUUGGGAGCAGCGCCGCGGGGAGGUGCUAGCCCUGGGCUACAACGAGCGCUUCUGGCGCAAGUACAGGUUCUACUUUGCGUACUGCGAGGCAGCCUUUGACGCGCGCUACAUCCACAACUACCAUAUCCUGCUGGUCAAGGACGCGACCCAUGGGUCAGCUGCCGCGAGUGCCGCUGCCGCGGCUGUUGCUGCCCCGGGCCGCAUGAGCGCCAGUGGCAUGGCGCCCGCAGCGCUGCUGUCCGUGUCGAGCUCUGCUAGCUCGCUGGUGCAGGAGCUGCCGUCCGACCCCAUCACGCAGGCGCUGAUGGCGUUGUACUUCUUCCUGGCGGGGCUCAUGGUGAGCCGCCACCCGCACAUGUGGCUACUGCCCGCCGCCUCCUGCCUCAUGGCGCUGGUGGCGGGGGCGGCGCACUUCGCGUCGCUGGCACUCGUGCCGUCCUACAGGUUCCUGUCGCCCGAGCGCCGUGCGCUGUGGUGCAGCGACGUUGCGCACAUCCUCUACUCCGCCUCCGCCUCGGUCGCCGCGCUGGCCUACGUCGCUGCCGAGCCACGCGCCCUUCAGCUCGCCCAGCAGCCCUCCGACAUUACCCUUCCCUCCAUCAUUACGGCGGCGUCAACUGGCGUGUUCGCGUUCAACCUGUGGGCCUGCGUGCGCGCCCGGUUGUUCGCUCGCUCCGUCUCCGCCAUCCUGCAGUACACGCUGCUGGCGGUGCUGUUCGGAACCGCAACCAUCAAGGGCGUGGGGGUGCCCUUCCUGGCCGCCACGCUGGCCUCCGAGGUGUUCAGCGUGCUGUUCCUGGCGGGCAAGCUGCAGGACAUGGCGGGCCUGGCGCGCACCUCCCUGCGCCGCUACACCCGCCUGGCUGAGCAGGUGACCCUGGUGACGUGCCGCCUGCUGCCGCACGCCGCCGUGGCGGUGGUGGUGCUGGCUAACCCGGGCGCCUUCGGCUCGCCGCUGUACUACGUCAUGUGCCUGGCGGGCAUGGCCUUCACCAACUGGCUCAACAUGCGCAAGGCGGCGCAGCUGUUUGGUCAAACCAGCUCUUCCGCUUCAUCCUCCUCAUCCGCAGCAGCUGACCGGCGGCAGGAGCAGCCCCUGGCCGCUGGGGUGCCAGCAGGCAAGACGCAUGCGGAGUAGGUGCGAGCGUUGGUUCAAUGACGUUGUAGAGGCGAGAGCAGCUGUAGAGCAGCUGUUCCAUGUCUCUGUAGGUAUGAGAAUAAGGGUUUGGAAGGUGCAGAUCUUGGUUGUAUUUUCGAAUCAGGUUUGCGCGGGCUAGCCUCUUGCUCAGCUGGGGCUAUUUCCGGCUGCACUGUCCGUACCGGCCUGGGUUUCGAGUUGGCGUGUGGUGAGUAGGAGGGGAGAAAAAAGGAGUGGCGGGUUUGUAUGAUACUCCUGGCAGGCUACGUGUGCAUGCUGAGCAUGGUGAGUUGCCUAUAGAGUGGAACUGCUGUGUAUGACAUCGUGGUCCGGUCUGCCCUAAUAGAGUCCUUGUACGAUGAGGCCGCCGAGAAACUCUUGAUUGAAGUGAUCAGUGCUGAAAUCGAUUGAAUCCUAUUAUACAAUCAUGCGAGUGUUUAUUGCUAUUUCAGUCAGUGACCCGUGGGUCUUGCUGCGGGCGCUGCUGCAAUGGUGUUUUGCAAAGGUGUGCGCCUAGGUGUGAUAAGGGGUUAAGCAGUAUAGAGCACUGGCCAGUCAUGCCGGAUUGCAGAUUGUGAUCGGCAUGCCUUGGGAAUGCCCUGCCGGCCUGGAGCCGGCUGAGGGUGAGGGUGAGAGGAGGGUCAGCGAGCGUUACUUCGGAGGGGUCUGAGAUGAGAGGCCCAAGUUUUGGUAACCGCCCGUGCGGAUACCGCCUGCGCAGCCGGUUUGCAAAGGAGUGUGUGGCGUGUAUUGCGUGUAGCAGCGUAUCCUGAGGGUGAUAGUGAAGGUCCUGGGAGUGAUAUGAUGAGAAGCUAAGGAGCGAUUCAUAGCAGUUGUAUCUAAUCAGCGAAAUUACUUUCAGGGGUUACUAUUUGGGGCGUUCAACAUGUAGUGGUGUGUUUGUGGGCUUUAGUUGGUUUGGCGGUUUCUUCGCUUGUUAUGUGGGUCGUAUAUGUUUUGUCAACUGUCGCAUUGGCAGCUUGGGAGUGGGCAGAGCACGCCAUGACGUGUGGGUUACAGUGGGAUAUGUAGGCUUCGAAUUCGGCAUGGUUUGGCGUCUGCGUUCUAUUAACCUGUAUGCUACCAUUGGUGCAGAACGUGUAAGGUACCGGUACCCUCGG